AGUUCACUCACUUUCAAAGCCAGCUGAAGGCAAGAGGCUGUGAAAAGCAGAGAGCCCUCCUCAGUGUGUGCCUGACUUCUAUGGACUUGGCUUGCUAGCAGGCUGAAAGCGAUGAUGGCAGCAAUGAAAAUCCAGCUGGUAUGCAUGAUGCUUCUGGCUGUUAGCUCCUGGGGUCUGUGCUCAGAUUCCGAAGAGGAAAUGAAAGCGUUAGAAGCAGAUUUACUGACCAAUAUGCAAACAUCAAAGAUCACUAAAGCAAUUGUUCCCUCUUGGAAAAUGACCCUGCUCAAUGUUUGCAGUUUUGUAAACAGCCUGAACAGUCAAGCUGAAGAAAUAGGAGAAAAUCAUGAAGAGGAGCUUGUUACAAGAAGGAAAUUUCCUACCAGUUUAGACGGUUUUAGCUUGGAAGCCAUGCUGACAAUAUAUCAACUCCAAAAAAUCUGUCACAGCAGAGCCUUUCAACACUGGGAGCUAAUUCAGGAAGAUAUUCUUGAUAAUGGAAAUGACAAAAAUGAAAAGGAAGAAGUCAUAAAGAGAAAAAUUCCUUAUAUUCUGAAGCGACAGCUGUAUGACAAUAAACCCAGAAGACCCUAUAUCCUGAAGAGAGCUUCUUACUACUACUGA